AUGGAUGAGGACAUCAUGAGGACUGGAGGCUGCAUUGUACUGGGUCAGUAUGUCUGGAGUGUGACAUACAUCACUCAGAGUAUCUGUGCCUUGAAGUGGUCAACAGUGGACCUAACCUGCUCUUACACAUAUCCCAGAGGUACAGUCACAUCAACUUUCUGGUUCACUAAAAUGGAGACUGGUGUAGAACCUAAAGAUCUAGGUCAGGACCCAGAGCAUGCAGGUCGUCUGGAGUAUCAUGGGGAUAAGAAGAAAGACUGUACCCUGAAAAUCACAGACCUGAGAGAGAGUGACUCAGCAACUUACUGGUUCAGAUUACUAACAGAUCAGGAAGGAGGGACAUAUACUGGCAAACUUGGAGUGACUUUGUCUGUCACAGGUCUUCAGGUGAAGGUGACUGGUGGACAUCAGGAUAAGACACUGACCUGUAGCACCACCUGUACUCUGACUGACAACCCCACCUACAUCUGGUACAAGAACGGACAACAUCUAGAUGAGAGCACCUCCCCCCAGUACAAAGACCCAGUCUCCAGUAACUAUGAAGACAGUUACUCCUGUGCUGUAAAAGGCCAUGAGGAUCUCCACUCUCCUGCAGUGUGUGUUCAGGGUCAGAGCUGCAACAGAGUGACUUACACCAAGAGGACAAUCUGUGUCUUGAAGGGGUCAACAGUGGACAUAUCCUGUACUUAUGUUGGUUAUUAUUACACCACAUCAUCAUUCUGGUUUAGAAGUGAUACGUCAACACCUGAAGACCUAACCACAGACCCAGGGUAUGCAGGUCGUGUGAAGUACCCUGACAAAGAGAGAUGGAUAUAUAAAGGUCCCUCCAUCCUGAGAAUCUCAGAUCUGAGAGAGGAGGACUCAGCUGAGUAUCGCUUCACUUUUAAAACAAACAACUUUGAAUGGUGUCAUUGUUUCCCAGGAACAUCUCUGUCUGUCACAGGUCUGCAGGUGAAGGUGACUCCUGCUGCAGAGAAACAGAAGACACUGACCUGUAGCACCACCUGUACUCUGACUGACAACCACAACCCCACCUACAUCUGGUACAAGAACGGACAACGUCGUGAUGAGCCCACUUCCCAACAAUACUCUUGUAAUACCCUAGUAGUGUUGGGUCAUUCUGUGGACAGUUACUCCUGUGCUGUAGAACACCAUGAGGACCUCCACUCUCCUGCAGUGUAUGCUCCAAAGAACACCUCAGUGUCAGUCAGUCCCUCUGGUGGAAUAGUGGAGGGCAGUUCAGUGACUCUGACCUGCAGCAGUGAUGCCAACCCACCUGUGGACAAAUACACCUGGUACAAGAAGAAUGGAGCUUCACUGAAAGGAUCUGAAAACACAUUCCUCAUCACCAACAUUAACUCUGAGGACAGUGGAGAAUACUACUGUGAGGCUGAGAGUAUAUAUGGGAGUCUCAACUCUUCUUCUGUCCCUGUGGACAUUCAGUAUGGCCCAAAGAACACCUCAGUGUCAGUCAGUCCCUCUGGUGAAAUAGUGGAGGGCAGUUCAGUGACUCUGACCUGCAGCAGUGAUGCCAACCCACCUGUGGAUAAAUACACCUGGUACAAGAAGAACGUAACCUCACCAAAAGCAUCAGGACAGAGUUACAGCAUCACUAACAUCAGCUCUGAGGACAGAGGAGAAUAUUACUGUGAGGCCCAGAAUGGAAGAGGAUCUAUGAACUCUACAGCUCUGAUGAUCAUUGUAGCAGGGAAACAAACCUCAGUUCUGACUGCAGCUGUAGGAAUCAUAGUGGUUGUUCUGGUUCUCAUCCUCUGUCUCUCUGGACUCAUGUGGUUCAGGAGAUCCACAGGAGGAAGUGAUGCUUCAACAGACACACAGAGUGUCCGUUCUGACUGUAACAGUGACACGUACACAGGUCUGAACAUGAGGACCAUGUCCCCUGACUAUGACACUCUGGCAAAUGUCCAUCUUGACCCUAACACUGAGGCCAACAGUGACAUGUACUCACCUCUGAACAUGAAGACAUGA